GUUGGACUCCGUCAGGGCUGCCCUUUGUCACCGAUUCUGUUCAUAGUUUUUAUGGACAGAAUUUCUAGGCGCAGCCAGGGCGUUGAGGGCGUCCGGUUCGGUGACCUCAGGAUUAGGUCUCUGCUUUUUGCGGAUGAUGUGGUUCUGUUGGCCUCAUCGAGCCGUGACCUUCAGCUCUCACUGGAGCAGUUCGCAGCCGAGUGCGAAGCGGCUGGGAUGAGAAUCAGCACCUCCAAAUCCGAGACCAUGGUUCUCAGCCGGAAAAGGGUAGAGUGCUCUCUCCGGGUUGGGGAUGGGGUCCUCCCCCAAGUGGAGGAGUUUAAGUAUCUCGGGAUCUUGUUCACGAGUGGGGGAACGAUGGAGCGGGAGAUCGACAGGCGGAUCGGUGCGGCGUCAGCAGUCAUGCGGGCCCUGCAUCGGUCUGUCAUGGUGAAGAGAGAGCUGAGCCAAAAGGCGAAGCUCUCGAUUUACCAGUCGAUCUACGUUCCUACCCUCACCUAUGGUCAUGAGCUUUGGGUAGUGACCGAAAGAACGAGAUCGCGGGUACAAGCGGCCGAAAUGAGUUUCCUCCGCAGGGUGGCUGGGCUCUCCCUUAGAGAUAGGGUGAGGAGCUCAGUCAUUCGGAGGGGACUCAGAGUAGAGCCGCUGCUCCUCCGCAUCGAGAGGAGCCAGAUGAGGUGGCUCGGGCAUCUGAUCAGGAUGCCUCCGGGACGUCUCCCUGGGGAGGUAUUCCGGGCAUGUCCCACUGGGAGGAGGCCCCGGGGAAGACCCAGGACACGCUGGAGAGACUAUGUCUCUCGGCUGGCCUGGGAACGCCUCGGGGUCCCCCCAGAGGAGCUAGACGAAGUGGCCGGGGAGAGGGAAGUCUGGGUCUCCCUGCUGAGGCUGCUGCCCCCGCGACCCGACUCCGGAUCAAGCGGGAGAUGAUGGAUGGAUGGAUGGAUAUU